CCUCCUCUCCUAACAAGAGCGAUCAAUCACUAACCAAGGAGAACCGCUCCACUGAGGGAGGACAUCUGAGAUUUACAGCGAGCUGGGGCUGCAGGCUUGGAAACCAUCCCGCUGCCACCCCAGACUUGUCAGGCGUUAGGACCCAAAGAAAGGCUGCUGCAGCCGGUGUCAAGCAGAGCGCUGGGCAGGUAAGGAAGCCAGCGCCUGGGGAGGCAAGUGAAGAAGGGACAGGGCUGCGGCACCAGAAUCGCUUUCAGGUGGAGGCAGGCGGGGAGCGGCUGAACCCAGCACCAGCUGUGUUACGGGGCAGGCGAGGGAAGCCCUGGCAGUGAAAGCUUAGAGCCAGCUGCGUACAGGAGAGCCGGGGAGAGGCUGUAGCUGGGAGGAACCGGCACUGAGCCUGCAGGUAGCUGGGGCAAGGUCCAGGAGCUGGGUGCGUUGCGCUAGCUGUGGGGUAGGAGCCAGCCGUGCAGAGGAGGCUGGGGGAUAAAGGUUGGACAUUGAGUCCUAAAGCCGCCUGUGUGCAGGGGGCAGACGCUAGGCACAGAGCCAGCUGGGUGCAGGGGGAGUGAGGGACAGACGCUGGGGAUUGAGGGCUCCAGCCAGCUGGGUGCAGGGGGAGUGAGGGACAGACGCUGGGGAUUGAGGGCUCCAGCCAGCUGGGUGCAGGGGGAGUGAGGGACAGACGCUGGGGAUUGAGGGCUCCAGCCAGCUGGUUGCCGGGGAGGCUGGGGGAGAGGCGCUGGGGAGAGCAGGUGCAAGCGCCGUCCGCUCUGCAGCAUGGCGAGGGAGCCCGGCCCCCAGCUGCCAAGUGUCCUGCCCGCCCAGAGGAAGCUCCGCAGCGGUUUUGCUAAGCCCUGGCCCCUGUGAGGAGGGGAGAAGUUGGCGGUGAGUCUCACACCGCAGCCAGCCCCGAGUCUCUGCCUGGCCCCGGCGCCGAGUCAGGUGUUUCCCGCGAGGCCGCUCAGCUGCGCCGGCCGCCGCCCGCCGGGAGGAGGAUGCGGAGCCGCGCUGCCCAGGGGGAGCUUGCCCAGUGGGCAAAGGCAUAAAAGAUCUAAUGGCUGGAAGUUUAAAGAUAGAAAAAUUUUCAACACUGAAGGAUUGACUUCUGUGUUGGAGCAUUGUUCGUUUUUCACUUACGCUGAAAUAUUAGAAGCUAUGGCAAAAGAAUGCCUAAAGAACUGCUGCAAAGGGUGUUUCUACGUGGAGAAGGAAAAGAAUGACUCUUCCAUGGAGAAGGAAUCUGAAGCUGCAGCUGAAAACAGGCAAAGCAUUGUGGAGAAACCUCCAUUGUCUUCUGUGUCAGUGAAGCGUCAAGUUGGCUGUUCCGAGGAUUAUCUCCUUGCGAAACUGCCAUCAGAUGGCAAGGAGGUCCCAUUUGUGCUCCCUCAGCUUAAACUAGCUUACAUACAACCCAAGAACCUUGGCAGUUUGUCGCACGUUGGGGAAAUUCAAGGAUCUGCCAGAGCCUUUGUUAGUGACAGGAAAGCAGAACUUUCCAAUAUAUACCAGCAAGGGCCCCGUGGUGAUGUGGUGUAUAAUCCAUUCUAUAGGCAGCAGCGUAUUUCACCGGAUCUGACUAGGCGCUUCCCAGAAAAAUCAGAUGUGAGAUUAUAUGGAUCAGUUUGUGAUUUAAGGAGUAACACACUUCCUGGAUCACCUGGCUUAAGCUGUUCGCUGUUUGAUCUCACAAAUCCACCCCAUCGUGUCAUCCAGAGAUAUGAUUCAGUCUCCAGUGUACCCAGUAGUACCUCCUCGAAGAAGGAUUCACAAGGCAGUAACAGGAGCCUGGAUACCAUUACAUUAUCAGGUGAUGAACGAGACUUUGGAAGAAUGAAUGUGAAACUGUGUUAUGUUCCUUCUGCAGAACAGAUCUGGAUCACAAUCUUGCAUUGCAAAGAUCUGAGCUGGCCUUCUAGUUGUGGAGGAAAUCCUUAUAUCUCUGUCAAAGGAAUUCUGAUGUUGUCUAAGCCAGUGCAGUUCAAAUCUUCAGCCAAAGAAGGUUCCAAUGACAUUGAAUUCAUGGAAACCUUUGUGUUUACUAUCAAAUUGAAAAUUCUGCAGACUGCAAGACUGGUAUUUAAAAUCCAAACUCAGACUCCCCGAAAGAAAACAAUUGGAGAGUGUGCCCUGCCACUACGAGAGCUCAAUUCUCAGGAAUCGGAUCAUUGGUUGGAUAUAAUGCCGCCUUCCAAAGUUUCAGUGUGCAAAGCAGAACUUCAAAUAGGAACCUGUUUUCAAGCAAUAAACAGCAGGAUUCAGUUACAGAUUCUUGAAGCCCAAAGCCUCCCAAGCUCAUCCACACCGCUCUCUUUAAAUUUCUUUGUGAAGGUUUCAAUGUUUAGUACAGAAGGGUUGAUAUAUAAGAAAAAGACUCGUCUAUUGAAAUCCACCAAUGGCCAAGUGAAGUGGGGAGAAACGAUGAUUUUUCCAGUUAGCCCAAAUGAACAAGGAAUUAAUUUUCUCAUCAAACUCUACAGCAGGACCUCAGUGAGAAGAAAACACUUCCUGGGACAGGUCUGGCUAAGCUCUAACAGCAAUAGUAGUGAAGCAGCAGAUCAGUGGAGAGAUACAAUCACAAACCCCGAAAAGUUAGUCAUUAAAUGGCAUAACAUAAAUCCAUCCUGAAGAUGUCAGAGAUUAAUUCAGUACUGAUAUGGACUUGCUUCAAGAAACUCCUGCACUCUUAAAAUGAACUAAUACAGAUGAGAAGAGGGAAAAUACUGCUUACUUGAAUGUUUCAGGGAGUCUGGACAUGCAUCACAUAUUGUUAACUGGAAUAAGCCAAAAGGAAAAGGGAUCAGAGCUUUCACAGAGUACUGUUGGCAAAAUACUGGUAUGAUAACAGCUGGGAAUUAGUGAAACUGUACACUGAAGUAAGCACACCUUGAGAAGUGAACUGUUGUUGCUGUAGUUUUUCCAAGAAGGAUUAUAUAAUAUAAUGUUUAUGUAAAUGUAAAGCAUAUUUUAAAAGGUGUGUGUGGAAUUGAGCAUAUGCCCUUUUGUAUUUUAAACUUCUUUAUAGAAGGCUCGAAAGGGGAGUUGUGUGUAUUUUGGUUUUGGUUGUUUUUUUUUCCAAAAGAAUUUCUCUGAACUUUUUAAGGUAACAAUAGAAACGCAGUUCUCAUCUUCCCUGGAAAUGUCUAUAGAUGACUGGAGAACUGGCCGGAUUAUAUCUUUGAUACCAAGCAAGUGAAAUCAGACUGCAAGGGAAAGUGUUGUUAUAAACAGCCUGAACAAACUAUUUUUUCUAAGUAACUCCUGAAUAAACAGGAGAAAAGAUGCAACAUCACAACACUUCCAUUAAGGGUUGAGAAUGUUCCCAUCCUCCUGAGACUUUCACAAAACCAGGGAAAUGAAGACAUAAUAUUCUUGAUAUUUCAAAGACAAAACAAAAGCAGCAGAAUUUAAAAAAUAAACAAACCCCUUUUAGGCCACUUUUUUUUUCUACUUUUUUAAGUAAAAAAGGCAACAAACAUUUGUUUUCCUUGCAGAUUCUGUAACAAUGUUGGUAUCAAGUCUCUGAAAGCAGAAACUUGAUUCUGAUUUUUUCCCCAUUGUUCUCUGUCAUGGGUCUCCAUGUGAAGCCUUUAGUUGGGCAGGCUCGCAUUGACAUCAGUGGGAGUCUGCCCACGUAUGUACUUCCCUUUUGGGGCCCCUUCAUUAAGAUCAAGGGGGUCGCAUGAGUUUUGACUCCAUUUGAACAGAAUGAAAUGAACAUCUCUACAAAUAAGCAAACUUCAGGGGGUAGAGCCUCAACUGUGGCCUUGGAGCACUUAGCACAGCUAAGGAGUGGAGAACACACAGGGAUCCUGGGGUCACCCCAAGCAGUAGUCAGAGCCCAAAGACUGCUCUACCUUGUGCCAGCUGGCAGCAGCCACAAAGAGCUAUUCCAGCAGCCAGGGAUAGUGGUGGGGCACAGAUCCUCUUUUCUCCCAGCUGCCUCUGCUAUUUUGACACUGUGACGGGUUGGAUCAUAGAAACCCUCUUGGGAGC